UGGACGGCUUCAACGAAAAUUACUUGAACGAUGAGGACGACUUCAUGGGAGACGAGUUCGGACAAGGAGUGGACAGCGACGAUGGUGACAACUACGAAAAUGACAUAGACAUUAUAACGGAAAAUCAAAUUAAAAAGGAAAAGUCAGAUUACGAACAUUCGGAUGCAAAUGACGAUAACAUCAGAAUAACAAGCCCUUAUUUAACCAAGUAUGAAAAGGCCAGAAUUAUAGGCACUAGAGCUUUACAAAUAAGCUUAAAUGCCCCCUUGACGAUACCGAUAGAGACACAAGGGGGAGGAGAUGUAUCAAAUGGGAAGAAUGAAUAUGAUAAUUACCUUAACAAUGACCCGUUGGUGAUUGCAGAAAAGGAGUUACAUAACAAAUCGAUUCCGUUCAUUCUGAGGAGGUACUUACCCAAUGGUAGUUACGAGGAUUGGAAGUUGGACGAGUUGAUAAUUGACU